AUGAUAUCAGAAUCGUUGUAUAUAGAAAUGAUGAAGAAUUGCUCGAAAUGGAACAGUCGGGUAGAAACAGAACGAAAAGGUCGAUAUACGGUAUUAGAUCCUCAAACUGGUAUAGCACAGCACCCAUCACAUCAUGCCAUUUAUGAACUAUCUAAUCGAUAUCCACCAUCAAAUCCUUCUCAGUAUUGCACAUAUGGUAGCAGGCGUUGGAAGAAAAGGAAGUCAGCGCCAACAUCAGAUGCAACUGAAAUGAAAUAUAUAUUAGAAUGUAAUCCAACAAUUAGCGAUGUGAUAAAUCAAGCUAGUUCAGCCGGCCAGGAUCCGACUGAUUUUCAAUCACUGACAGCGAUGGCGAAUUCAUCAUUAGAAAAUCAUUUCACUGAAAAAAGAAAAGUCUAUGUUAUAAAAGAACCAGGAGUAGACAUGGAAGUGGAGGAAGCAAGCGAAGAAGAUCCUGGUGAGGCGUCAGAUGAAGAAGAAUGGUCAGAUGGAAGAAAAAAACGUAAAAGGAGAGGUGCUGCAGGAGGGAGUCGGGGUGGACGCAAAAAUGCGACAACCUUAUCUGUGAAUAUACCGCCAACGCAGGGAUUUACACCAGAUCCCAAACCUUUUUCAUGUAAUUUAUGCGGUGCCAAAUAUAAAAGUCGUCCGGGUUUAAACUAUCAUCGAGCUCAUGUGCAUGCAGAUAAUGUCAGUCCAUCAACAACGCCCCAACCAGCACAUCUGCUAUCGCCGAGUAUCGAUGUGUCCACGGUUUGCGACUUAUGUUUGGGUGAUUGCAACCAGAACAAAAAAACAAUGAAACCGGAACAGCUUAUUAGCUGUCAUGAUUGUGGAAGAUCAGGCCAUCCGAGUUGUCUUAAGUUUACGGAUAAUAUGCUUACAUCUACCGGCAAAUAUGGUUGGCAAUGUAUUGAAUGUAAAAGUUGCGCGAUUUGUGGAUUCUCAGAUAAUGAUGAUCAGUUGUUAUUCUGUGAUGAUUGUGAUCGCGGCUUUCAUCUUUACUGUUUGCGGCCUCCACUUCCGCAAGCUCCGGAAGGUGAAUGGAGUUGUCAUUUGUGUCAGAAGCAGUUUGGUGCACAAGCUUCGCUUCCAGCAGUAAAUACAAAGAAAUGA